AUGGUGAGCUGUCUCGUUAUUCAACUGGCUACAUAUAGCUCACAAAUCCCCAAGAUCUCUGCAGCCGCGCUGUGGUGUCUUUCCAUACUCGUUGGACAGGUCGUAUCUUCACCAUUACACCAUCAGCAACAACCCUUCCUACCGUUUAUAUCAUCUACAGAACACAUAGCGGACAUUACUGGGCAGAACAACGAUGAUUUAAUUCUGGAUUUGUUACGACAAUAUGCACCAGUGUUCAAAUUAUCAGAAUUGGAAGCUUUUUUCCCUUCUUCAAUAGAGUACAUGUUCCCUCAUUACAACUUUACCGAAUCCCCUUCAGGUGAAAUACGACCUACCAACCAUUCUGUUAUAAAUCGAUCACAUCUCGACGAACUGCCAUCGAACGGAGGGGGGCUGUAUCUAUCGAUAAAUGAAUCCCAUAAUCCACAGCCUUUUUUAGAUGAAGAAUCGGAAUAUCUCUUUGGGCCUUAUGGACUGAAUGAUACGAUGCCUGAUGAUCGGAGGGGUAGGGUAGAAGAGGAAGUAUAUGGGUUCGGAGUAGAUCAGGGUGAUGGUGUGGUAGAUCUAUGGUAUUGGACAUUCUACCCUUUUAAUUUCGGGAAACCAGUCGGACCAUUUGGUAUAUUAGGGAAUCAUGUGGCCGAUUGGGAGCAUCUCAGAAUGAGGACAGUGAACGGGACACCGAUAUCAGCAGAUUAUACCACGCACACUGGUGGUCGAUUUAGUGCAGGCACGUACCGAUGGGAAGAAAUAGAGAAAGUGGAUGGUAGACCCGUGGCAUACGUCGCAGCUGGAAGUCAUGGUGUAUGGCCCGAACCAGGUGACCACAUAUAUGCGAAUGUAGGAAAGCUGUUCAAAUUGGUGGAUAUCACCGACGACGAAGGACCUAUAUGGGAUACGAAAGGUCAUGUCGUCCCUGCUAUCUAUUGGGAUAACUCACAGAAUCGCAGGAAGUUGUUUCAUCAUGGUGAUUUGAGUUGGUUGAACUAUAGAGGUAAAUGGGGUAAUAGAGGUGAAAAUGAUUGUUGGUGGCAUAGGAUAGUAGGAUAUUGUCAGGUGGUAGAUGCUCCCUGGGGUCCAAAUAGGAAUUUUGGUAUACCUACAGAGUGUAUACUAGCUCCUCUCACAACGGAAUUCUCUACGUAUAGAUUUAGAUUCGCUUCUAAUGUAUUGGAUUGGGCAAAGAACCAUAAUAUAGAGUUGGUCAAGAUUGAACAGAUAUGUGUUAGACCCAAGACGAAUCCUGAUGACCCCGACGAUCCCGACGAUCCGGAUGAUCCGGAUGAUUUGAAUGUUGAGUUGUAUGAUGAUGAGAUGGAAGGUAUAGUUGAGAUACAGAAUGUUAAGAGUAUAAUAGGAUACAGGGGCACCGAGAAACAUACCGUUACAAUGGAUCCAUGUAAAGGAAGACGAUUUGCUGUUAGAGCAUACAAGUUAUCUUUGUGCCUCUUAAACGGACGAUGCAUAUCGACAUCGAACGAAAGGAAGAUAUGUACGUAUGAACUACAAAAGAAGGGACACUCGUUUGGGAGUGCGGUGGACUUGAAUGAUAUAGACGAUUGGAGAUGGGAUUAUUAG